ACGAAGUGUUUUGUUUACGCCUGCGUCACCGCCCCUCCCCUCGAGUAUACUGUCAGGUUCAAGAUGGCUGCCGGAGACAACAGUGGCAGACCUCCAUGUCUCAAUUUUUCUGGUCAAGGCUCUGUCGGGAAUGGGCAGCCCAGCAACAGCCUAUUUACAAUGCCUACUUCUAACAGUGGAUCGAUCGGUCAGAACGGCGGAGCCCAAGGGUCGACGCGGCGCCCAAACCCCCAGGUCGGGCCUGGUGAGGGCGAAAGCAACGGCCUUGCAGCUGGAGCCCAACCGAAUGCGCAUAACUCAAUUCAACAGCAAGCUCAAGGUGCAGCGGCAGGGACAGCCGGGGGGGCAAUGGCCACUUUGGCAUCAAAUAUGACUUCUGCAGCGUCAAACGCGCCCGCAUCCGCAGCGCCGUCCACUCACCCGUCGCUGUCGGCCACCCCGGCGUCUGUGUUGGUGUACCGGGAGCCCGUGUAUAACUGGCAGGCAACAAAAAGCACUGUGAAGGAGAGGUUUGCAUUCCUCUUUAAUAACGAGGUGCUCAGUGACGUCCAUUUUUUGGUCGGUAAAGGCAUGGGGGUUCAGAGGAUACCUGCUCACAGGUUCGUUCUAGCAGUCGGGAGUGCAGUGUUUGAUGCCAUGUUUAACGGUGGGAUGGCCACCACCUCAACGGAAAUCGAACUCCCCGACGUGGAGCCGGCUGCCUUCCUCGCCCUGCUUAAGUUUUUGUAUUCUGAUGAGGUCCAGAUAGGGCCUGAGACAGUGAUGACCACGUUGUAUACGGCCAAGAAGUACGCUGUUCCUGCCCUGGAGGCACACUGCGUGGAAUUCCUCAAGAAGAACCUGAGAGCUGACAAUGCCUUCAUGUUGCUCACGCAGGCCCGUUUGUUUGAUGAGCCACAGCUGGCGAGCCUCUGUCUGGAGAGCAUCGACAAAAACACCGGGGACGCCCUGGCGGCAGAGGGCUUCACCGACAUAGACCUGGACACGCUGGUGGCGGUGUUGGAGAGGGACACCCUGGGGGUGAGGGAGGUGCGUCUGUUCGGGGCGGCGGUGCGCUGGGCGGAGGCUGAGACGCACCGGCAGCAGCUGCAGCCCACCCCCGAGAACAAGCGGCGCGUCCUGGGCAAGGCCCUCACGCUGAUCCGCUUCCCCCUCAUGACCAUCGAGGAGUUUGCGGCCGGUAAAAACGAAAUAAAAGGUCCGGCCCAGUCCAGCAUCCUGACGGACAGGGAGGUGGUGAGUCUGUUCCUCCACUUCACCGUCAACCCCAAGCCCCGCGUGGAGUUCAUCGACCGCCCGCGCUGCUGCCUGCGAGGCAAGGAGUGCAGCAUCACGCGCUUCGGUCAGGUGGAGAGCCGCUGGGGCUACAGUGGGACCAGCGACCGCAUACGAUUUUCAGUAAAUAGAAGGAUAUUUGUGGUGGGCUUCGGCCUCUACGGCUCUAUACAUGGACCCACGGACUACCAAGUUAACAUCCAGAUCAUCCACACAGACAGCAACACGGUGCUGGGACAGAACGACACGGGGUUCAGCUGCGACGGCUCGGCCAACACCUUCAGAGUCAUGUUCAAGGAGCCCGUUGAGAUACUGCCCAACGUCAACUACACCGCCUGCGCCACGCUCAAGGGGCCGGACUCUCACUACGGCACCAAGGGCAUGCGGAAGGUCACCCACGAGUCGUCGUCCACCGGGGCCAAGACCUGCUUCACCUUCUGCUACGCGGCGGGCAACAACAACGGCACCUCGGUGGAGGACGGCCAGAUCCCCGAGGUCAUCUUCUACACGUAGUCCGCGCACUGACCUUUUUGUAACCUAACCUUGUGAUCACCCUCACCUCGGUUUUGUGCCAAAUCUCCCCCUCUCUUCCCAAUCCCCCCCCCCCCCCCCCUCCCCCAUCCAGCAACAAGACUGGUGCUUUAUUUUCUGUCACUCGUUCUCCUUUCCAUUCUUGACAACAUGGUACCAGCGUUGUGGUGUGGUGAUACAGGGAGAAGGGGAGGUGCAGUGAGUGGGGUUGUCUGAUGUUAUCAAUGUUGACACCAUCUCUAGCUUGAUGGCCUCCUCUGUUUAAGGUACUGUUCGGGCUGGGGGGUGUUGAGUGAUGUCAACUUAAAUAAAACAGUCUGGAAUGAAUUGAUGCGAAAGAGCGGAGGCAGUUCUCUUUACCUUUAUCACAGUUUUAAUGUAAUUUGUCUGGACAGAAGACAAAUUAGCUCAAUAUAGACAUUACCUGUAACUGUGUGGUCAAUCGUCCUGUAUCGAACUGCAUUAGAGAAAAGAGAAAUGCUAUUGUAUGAAUGUAGAUUGUUUUUAAAGUGCCGAUAAGGCAUGCCGUAAAUACGUUAUUGUUUUCCUCAUUAAGUGCAGGCCAUCCAUUUUUAGACCAGCAUUUCACUGCAGCAAUAACAGACUUGGUAUGCUUACUGAAUGCUUUAAAAAGGAAAAUGCAACCAAUUAUUUGAGUUUUUUUCCAAGACGAGUCUUGGAUUACCUUAAAAAGAAAAAAAACAGCCCAAACCAGCUGAACACACUUUUGAACGUGUGAUCUUGUCAUGAUUGUAUCCAAUGUCAGGUAUAUAAGGCGGCUAAAGAAUGCAUACAUCUGACCCCCUACCCUGCAUGGCAAAUACCUACAUGGGAGGCACCUCACACUUGUUCGUAAAACCUCUUCAUCCAGGUCUACUAACAAUGGAUGCACACUAACUUUGUUUUCUUUGGUUUUUUUUGUUUUGUUUUCUGUUUGGAAAUGUGUAAGUUGGAAAAGAGAUUUUCCUCUGACCCAGAUGUUAAAGGGUUGUAUAUUAAACUGGCAUCUAUUAACAUUAUUGAUGUAAUUUCAAAUGAAUAUGAAAUAAAAUGUAAGGAUAAGUUA